GCCUGACUGGAAAGGCCUUGUCUUAUAUCGCAGAGGUCUCGUGAGCAGCGGCCUUCCCCUCCUGUCCGUCCCAAACUGCUUGCACAAGCAGAGACCGCCAAAGUCGAGCGCAAUGGCAGGCAGGCAGCCCACGACGUGGGACGAGUACGAGGGCAGGCCCUCUCCAGGCCGCAGUGACAGUGGUGCUUCGGCAGCAAGCGUCCACUUUGAGCAGCAGGCCCUCCUGGGCGACCGUGGAACCCAAGAACGCGAUCCCGAGGUCAACACGCGACAGCGCCGCAGAUCGUCUGUUUCCCGAGGUCUCGCGGCUCUUACAGAUAUUGGUGGCGUCAACAGCAUCAGAUCGUUCGGCCGCAGCUGGCAGCGUGCGGCCGUCUUUCCCGAGGUUAUCCCACAACGGCCCUCGUUCGUCUUCGCCCCCGAUCAGGAGCCUGCGCAUACGGCCGAUCUGAACCGAUAUGGCAGAACAGACAUUGAGGCCACCCCGAGAGCUUCUCUGCUGCGUCAACACCUGGAGGCUAGCACAUCAGAGACGGCUGUUACCGAGGCCGAGGAUGACGGCGAGCCAAUGUUUCAUUCGCCCUUUGGGCCCUCCGGAGAACGCAAGCGCCAGGGAAGCGGAGACCAGCUCUUUCGACACAGCUCGCCGUCUGGUUCCAUGAGGAGCAACUCGAUCUUCCAGAUCCCCCCUCACCUGGCCGCCCCAGACAUUGUGGGCAGCUAUGGCUCCUUUCAGAGUUACGGAACCAUCGAUUCUGAUGCAAGCCACCGGUCCAUGCUCGGCGCUGGCGAGCUUUGGCGUCAACAGCAGGAGUCUGGCGCCAGCAUGCCAGAUGGAGAGCGGCCCGCGAUCCUCGUCAGGGAAGUCGAACAGGAGGGCAAGAUCGUGCUGGCAGUCUCGGGCCAGUCGACUUUACCUCAGACUGUACUCAACUCUACAAACGUCUUGAUUGGUGUCGGCAUGCUGAGUCUGCCCAUGGGCCUUCGGUAUGCCGGCUGGGUGCCGGGUUUGAUCAUGCUGGGACUUUGCGCUGCCGUGACAAGCUGGACGGCUGGCAUCCUUGCCAAGUGUAUGGAUCUUGAUCCCACCAUCAUCACCUUUUCCGACAUUGCCUACAUCUCGUUUGGCAGCAAAGCUCGAAUCAUGACAUCCAUCCUGUUCACCCUCGAGCUGCUCGCGGCUUGCGUUGCUCUCAUCGUGCUAUUUGCCGAUUCGCUGGUGUUGCUCUUUCCUGGAUCCUUGACGGUUACGGAGUGGAAAGUUUUGUGCACUGUGGUGCUGCUACCGCUGCAGUUUGCGCCGCUGGCACUCCUCAGCUUCACGAGCUUCGUCGGCAUCCUUUGCUGCAUGAGCAUCGUAAUCAUUGUGAUCCUGUGCGGCUUACUCAAAGCCACAGGCCCUGGCUCUCUGAUUGAGCCUGCCGCCACAUACCUGUUUCCUGCUAAUUGGAUGACGCUUCCGCUCUCUCUUGGCUUGCUUAUGUCUCCAUGGGGAGGUCAUGGUGUCUUUCCAAAUAUUUAUCGUGACAUGCGUCACCCUCACAAGUACACACGAGCAGUCAGCUACACCUUCGGCUUUACGUUUGGUAUCGAUUCGCUCAUGGCCGUGCUUGGCUAUGUGAUGUUCGGUGAUGGCGUUCGGGACGAAAUCACAGCCAACAUCCUGGACACGACAGGUUACCCCAAUAUUCUCAACAUCAUCCUCGUCAUCGUUAUUGCCAUUAUCCCCCUGACGAAGAUCCCGCUGAAUGCGCAGCCCAUCAACGCCACCAUUGAGGUCGUCUGUGGCCUUCGCCAGCAGCACGUAGCUGGUGAAUCCUCCAUGGUUGGACUCUCGGCCACUGCUCGUGGCCUCCUUAAGGCCUUGGUCCGUGUCGGCGUUCUUUGUGUCUUCCUCGCGGUGUCGAUUGCAUUCCCUGCAUUCGACUCGAUUAUGGCUUUCAUGGGAAGUGCCUUAUGCUUUACAAUCUGUGUCACGCUGCCUCUGGCCUUUUAUCUCAAACUUUUUGGCCAUGAGUUGUCGGCACGCGAGAAGCUGUUCACGUGGUGUGUCAUGCUGACAUCGCUGACACUCUCCAUCGUCGGCACGGUAUGGGCAUUCCUGCCCAAGGAUCUCAUUGGAGCGACGGAGUGAGAGAGGACCGAUAUGACACGAGUCACCAGUAUGAGAAGCAUUUGCAGGACUUCGAAAUGCGCACGCGGGAUGUAAGGAAGCGGCAGGAGGACCAGCAUUAUGAAAAGUCUGAUUUCACGGUCGACUGAAAAAACGCUGAAUUAGCAUGAGGACUGGCGUUAUCGCUUUGACGCAUACAUACGAUAUUUU